UAAACAAUCAGCCUCCAUGCAAAACAGUAUUAUAUAAGAAAGUUGCGCACUUAUUUUCUCUUCACAUUUCUUUACACUCUAAAAGCAAAUUCUAAAACUCCACUUUUACUUUCUCUUCUUCUAGCUAGGAAACUAGUGGAUCAAGUUCCAUACCGUAAUCCAAUUCUUUAUAUACACACACACACACACACACACACAGACUCAUAAACUUUAACACUUAUAUUUAUGAAAAUAAACUCAUGAAUUGAUUAUCAUCAAUUCUAAACUAUGUAUUUGUUGUUUCCACUUCAAACCACAUGAAGUCAUGGAGAUUCACCAUCACCUCUUCGUCUUUCUCCUCCUCCUCCUUCUUCCCCUAUGCACCUCCCAAGAAAAUACCAGAAGCUUGGCCAUUGAUGUCAAUGGUCAAGUCGAAACAAGUCUUAUCUCCGAGAAACUAAAUCCAAAGCUUGUGUACGAAAUCAAAGUGCAUGGAUUUAUGCUUUGGGCAUCGAUGGGUGUUUUACUGCCAAUUGGUAUAAUCUCCAUCAGAUUAAUAUCUAUCAAAGACCAACCUAUAAUCACUCUUCGACGACUGUUCUUUCUUCAUGUCAUUUCUCAGAUGGUUGCAGUGAUACUUGUGACAAUAGGGGCAAUAAUGUCGAUUAAAAACUUCAACAAUUCCUUCAAUAAUCAUCACCAACAGCUUGGAAUUGGACUUUACGCUAUUGUAUGGUUCCAAGCUCUUCUUGGCUUCCUCCGACCUCCAAGGGGAGGAAAAUCUAGAAGGAAGUGGUUUGUAGGACAUUGGAUAUUAGGAACAUUAAUUACUAUUCUUGGGAUGAUAAACAUAUACACAGGUUUACACGCUUACGCCAAAAAGACAUCAACAAGUGCUAAGCUUUGGACCAUACUCUUCACGGCACAACUCGCUUCUAUUGUCUUGGUCUAUCUUUUUCAAGAUAAGUGGUCUUAUAUCCAAAGCCAAACUACAUUUAACAGAAAUCAAUCCGUUGAUCAUAACAGCAACAUAUCAACCGCAGAGACUGGACAUGGAGACGAGGUCGAAGAGGCUAAACCCGAGUUAGAGAAAUGCUAAAAGCGCCUGUAAGCUAUUAGUAAUUUAAUUUGUUCUUAUCUUGAGAGAUUGUUUUCCAGGAUACAGAAAAGGUUUCAUAGGCAUUUGAAUUGAUUUGUAGAGUGGUAAUGACUGACUUUCGAGUUUCUUUCUUUCUUUUUUUUUUUUUUUUUUUUUUUUUUUUUUUUUUUUUUGUCAUAGUUUCUUUCUUCUUUUGUUAUUUUCAAGUGAAACAUGCUCAUAGGCUGUGAUUAAGUCCUAACCUAAAUUUUAAUUGCACUUGUAUCAA